AUGGGUCUUGACUUGGAGGACAUCUAUGGCAAAGAUCUAAAUGAAACCCAGCCUCCUCAGGAGUAUUCGGAAUAUCAGUCAAAGAAAGGUUAUGGCUGGGCCAAUGCACUGCCCGAGCGGCAGGGUCUCUAUAACCCCGAAUAUGAAAAAGAUGCCUGUGGUGUAGGCUUCGCAGCCCAUAUCAAGGGCAAGCCGAGUCACAAGAUUGUGAGCGAUGCCCGCAAUCUGUUGUGCAACAUGACCCAUCGUGGAGCCGUUGGCUCGGAUGCACGAGAUGGUGACGGUGCUGGUGUAAUGACCAGUAUUCCACACAAGUUCUUUAUUAAGAAUUUUGCCCGUGAGGUAGGCGUCGACCUCCCUCCGCUGGGUCAGUAUGCUGUCGGCAAUCUGUUCUUCAAGCCCGACGAAGAGGCUCUGAAGCAAUCGAUUGCCAGCUUCGAGGAAUUGGCAACCUCGCUUGGCCUGCGCGUCCUGGGAUGGCGUGAGGUGCCUCGCGACUCGACCAUUUUAGGACCAGCCGCGCUUUCGCGCGAACCCAUUAUCAUGCAACCGUUCGUAGUGUUUAAAUCUGCUUACGGCGAGGGCAACAAGCCCGAGCUCACUGAUACUGACAAGUUCGAUGCCCGGACCUUUGAACUUCAAUUAUACAUUCUACGAAAGCGUGCCACGCACGUCAUUGGCUUGGGUAACUGGUUCUAUCUGUGCUCUCUCAGCAAUCGGAAUAUUGUUUACAAGGGACAGUUGUCUCCCGUACAGGUGUAUCAGUACUACCAUGAUCUCGUCAACGUCGACUAUGAGGGUCACUUUGCCCUCGUCCACUCCCGUUUUUCGACCAACACAUUCCCUUCCUGGGAUCGUGCCCAGCCCUUGCGAUGGGCCGCCCACAACGGUGAAAUUAACACAUUGCGAGGAAACAAGAACUGGAUGCGUGCCCGUGAGGGUGUUCUUCGAUCCGAAGUCUUCGGUGACGAGUUGGACCAGUUGUACCCCAUUGUUGAAGAAGGUGGCUCCGACUCUGCAGCCUUUGAUAACGUUCUGGAAUUGCUCAUGAUUAAUGGUGUCUUAUCUCUGCCCGAGGCAGUGAUGCUUAUGAUCCCCGAAGCUUGGCAGGAUAACCCGGCGAUGGAUCCAGCCAAGUCCGCCUUUUAUGAGUGGGCGGCUUGCCAGAUGGAGCCCUGGGAUGGUCCGGCCCUCUUCACUUUCUCCGAUGGCCGUUACUGUGGUGCUAACCUUGACCGUAAUGGUCUGCGACCGUGUCGUUACUAUGUCAUGGAUGACGAUCGCAUCGUUUGUGCCUCUGAGGUCGGUGCCAUCGAUAUUGAUCCCGAGCGUGUGGUUCAGAAGGGCCGUCUGCAGCCCGGAAAGAUGUUGCUGGUGGAUACCGUUGCCGGACGUAUCAUCGACGACUCAGAGUUGAAGCAGACCGUUGCUGGACGUCACGACUUUGCCGGCUGGUUGGACAAGGAGCUGCUGAAGUUGCCUGCUAUCAACAAGCUACUUUUGGAUCAGAAAGUGGACCUUUCUUUUACCCUCGAUGACAACACCGUGCAAAAUGACCCUCGUCUCCGCGCCUUCGGCUAUUCCUUUGAGCAAGUUAGCUUGAUUCUUGGUCCCAUGGGUGCGGACUCCAAGGAAGCCCUGGGCUCCAUGGGUAACGAUGCCCCCUUGGCCUGUAUUGCUCAACAGCCUCGUUUGCUCUAUGAGUACUUCCGCCAGCUGUUCGCUCAAGUCACCAACCCUCCAAUUGAUCCCAUUCGCGAGGCUGUGGUCAUGUCCCUUGAUUGCUACGUUGGUCCGCAGGGCAACUUGCUGGAGAUGGACCCGACCCAGUGUCACCGAUUACUUCUCCCGUCUCCCAUUCUGAGCAACCCAGAGUUCAACGCUCUAAAGAACAUCAACCGCGCCCAUAGCGAUUGGAACGUUUACACCAUCGAUAUCACAUUCGACAAGAAGAAGGGCACAGCUGGCUAUUUAGAGGCACUGGAUGCUAUUUGUGAUGCCGCUACUGAAGCCAUUGAAAAUGGCGACAAGGUCAUCAUUCUGUCUGAUCGUGCUACCAGCGCUGACCGUGUUCCGGUCUCUGCGUUGCUUGCUACCGGUCUAGUCCACCACCACCUCGUCCGCAACAAGUGGCGUUCGCUCGCUGCCUUGGCGGUUGAGACGGCUGAGGCUCGUGAAGUUCACCACCACUGUGUGCUUCUUGGAUACGGUGCUGAUGCUAUCAACCCGUACCUCGCCCUGGAAUGCCUUCUCAAGAUGAACCGCGAGAAGCUCAUUCGCAAAGACCUUCCCGAUGAGAAAGUCAUUGAAAACUACAAGGCCUCCUGUGAUGGUGGUAUUCUGAAGGUCAUGAGCAAGAUGGGUAUUUCCACUCUCCAGUCCUACAAGGGUGCUCAGAUCUUUGAGGCUCUUGGUGUCGAUGACAGUGUCAUUGACCGCUGCUUUGCUGGUACCGCCACCCGCAUCCGUGGUAUCACCUUUGACUUGAUCGCCCAGGAUGCCUUUGCUUUCCACGAGCGUGGCUACCCCUCGCGUGAAAUUGUCUCUGUUCCUGGUCUCCCUGAGUCUGGUGAGUACCACUGGCGUGAUGGUGGCGAGGCUCACAUCAACGACCCCGUCAGCAUUGCCAACAUCCAGGACGCCGUUCGCACUAAGAACGAUAAAUCAUACGAGGCCUACGCCAAAUCAGCGCAUGAGCAGAUCAAGAACUGCACCCUGCGUGGUAUGCUUGACUUUGACUUUGAGCAGAGAACUCCCAUUCCUAUUGAUCAGGUUGAGCCUUGGACCGAAAUUGUUCGCCGCUUCGUAACUGGCGCCAUGUCCUAUGGAUCAAUUUCCAUGGAAUCUCACUCUACUCUUGCCAUUGCCAUGAACCGCUUGGGAGGAAAAUCCAACACCGGUGAAGGUGGUGAAGAUGCUGAACGCAGUGAUCGUAUGGAGAACGGAGACACCAUGCGGUCUGCUAUCAAACAGAUUGCCUCUGGCCGAUUUGGUGUAACCUCAAACUACCUUGCCGAUGCCGACGAGUUACAGAUCAAGAUGGCUCAAGGUGCUAAACCUGGAGAGGGUGGUGAGCUUCCUGGCCACAAAGUUCUGGGUCCCAUUGCUCGGACUCGUCACUCGACUCCUGGUGUGGGCCUGAUCUCCCCUCCCCCUCACCACGAUAUUUACUCCAUUGAGGAUUUGAAGCAGCUUAUCUACGAUCUCAAGUGCUCUAACCCCCGCGCUCGUGUAUCCGUCAAGCUGGUGUCCGAAGUCGGCGUCGGUAUCGUCGCCUCCGGUGUCGCUAAGGCCAAGGCUGAUCACAUCCUGAUUUCCGGUCAUGACGGAGGCACUGGUGCUUCUCGCUGGACUGGUAUUAAGUAUGCAGGUCUUCCUUGGGAGUUGGGUCUUGCCGAGACCCACCAGACCCUUGUUCUAAACGACCUUCGUGGCCGUGUUGUCGUCCAAACUGACGGUCAAAUUCGAACCGGUCGUGAUCUCGCCAUCGCCUGUCUCCUUGGUGCCGAAGAGUAUGGCUUUGCAACUACUCCUUUGAUCGCCCUUGGUUGUGUGUUCAUGCGUAAAUGUCACUUGAACACAUGCCCUGUCGGCAUUGCCACCCAGGAUCCAGAGCUCCGCAAGAAGUUCAAGGGUACACCUGAGCAUGUGAUCAACUUCUUCUUUUAUGUUGCCAAUGAGAUGCGUGCUAUUAUGGCUAAGCUUGGUGUUCGUAGCAUUAACGAGAUGGUCGGCCGUGCCGAGCUGCUCAAGGUUCGGGAUGAUAUCCGUAAUCAGAAGCAGGAGCGCAUCGAUCUCUCGCUGAUUCUGACUCCUGCUCACUCACUUCGCCCUGGUGUUGCCACAUACAAUGUCCGAAAGCAGGAUCAUCGCCUUCACACUCGUCUUGACAAUAAGCUGAUUGCUGAGUCUGAGCUUGCUCUGGAGAAGGGUCUUCCUUGCCGAAUCGAGUGCGACGUUGUCAACACCGACCGUUCUCUUGGUGCUACCUUGUCGUACCAGAUUAGCCGACGCUUCGGCGAAGCUGGCCUUCCUCAAGACACUAUUCAUGCCAACAUCAAGGGCUCUGCUGGUCAGUCUUUCGGUGCUUUCCUUGCCCCUGGUGUCACUCUGGAACUGGAAGGUGAUGCCAACGACUACGUCGGCAAGGGCCUGUCUGGUGGUCGUCUCAUUGUCUACCCUCCUCGUGGCGCUGCUUUCAAGGCCGAGGAGAAUGUUAUUGUUGGUAACACCUGUCUAUACGGUGCUACUGCCGGUACUUGCUACUUCCGUGGUCUCGCCGCUGAGCGGUUCGCCGUCCGUAACUCAGGUGCUACUGCCGUUGUCGAGGGCUGUGGUGACCACGGUUGUGAGUACAUGACUGGUGGUCGUAUCUUGGUCUUGGGUUCCACUGGUCGUAACUUUGCCGCUGGUAUGUCUGGUGGUAUUGCUUAUGUUCUGGACGUGAACCAGGACUUCCACUCCAAGGUCAACAUGGAGAUGGUUGAAAUCUCCGGUAUUGAAGAGCCUUCUGAGAUCGCUUUUGUUCGUGGUUUGAUCGAGGACCACCACCAUUACACAGGAUCUGAGCUCGCGGCUCGCAUCCUCCUUGACUUCACUCGUGCUCUUCCUCACUUGGUCAAGAUCCUUCCCAUCGAUUACAAGCGCGUGAUGUUGGAAGAGGCUGCUAAGGCCGCAGCUGCGAAGAAGGCUGAGUUUUCACUCCCUCAACUGCCAAGCACCCCCGUGCACAGUGCCGAUAAAUCCAAGGCUAAGACUGAUGAGAAGAAGGCUGAAAUGCUCGACAUUGAGGACAGCAUCGGCGACUCCAAGACCGAGAAGAAGCGUUCGGCAUUGAUCCUAGACAAGACUCGUGGCUUCAUGAAGUAUAGCCGCCGUAGCGAGAAGUACCGUAACCCUACAACUCGCACUCGGGACUGGGCCGAGAUCUCCAACCGCCUCAAUGAGGAUGAGCUCAAGUACCAGUCAGCUCGUUGCAUGGACUGCGGUGUUCCGUUCUGUCAGUCAGACACUGGUUGCCCAAUCUCUAACAUCAUUCCCAAGUGGAACGAAUUGGUCUUUUCCAACCAGUGGCAAGAUGCCCUCAAUCGCCUGCUCAUGACCAACAACUUCCCCGAGUUCACUGGCCGUGUCUGCCCCGCUCCUUGCGAGGGCGCUUGCGUUUUGGGUAUUAACGAGGACCCUGUCGGUAUCAAGUCGAUUGAAUGCGCUAUUAUUGACCGUGGUUUCGAGAUGGGCUGGAUGGUUCCUCGUCCCCCUCAGACCCGUACUGGCAAGACUAUCUCCAUUAUUGGAUCUGGUCCUGCUGGUUUGGCUGCUGCUGAUCAGCUCAAUCGUGCUGGUCACACUGUCACCGUCUAUGAGCGGGCUGACCGCAUGGGUGGUCUUCUCAUGUAUGGUAUCCCCAACAUGAAGCUUGACAAGAAGGUUGUUCAGCGCCGUGUUGAUUUCAUGGCUGCCGAGGGGGUCAAGUUUGUGGCUGGUACCGCUGUUGGCCCCGAUAGUGAGGUUACCCUCCAGUCUCUCCGUGCCACCAAUGACGCUGUUAUCAUUGCAACUGGUGCUACAGUUGCCCGUGACCUUAAGGUCGCCGGGCGCGAGCUUGAGGGAGUGCACUUUGCCAUGCAGUUCUUGCACAAGAACACCAAGUCCCUUCUAGACUCCGGCCUUGCUGACGGCGAGUACAUCUCUGCCAAGGACAAGCACGUCGUUGUUAUCGGUGGAGGUGAUACCGGUAAUGACUGCAUUGGUACCUCAGUCCGCCACGGUGCCAAGUCCGUCACUAACUUUGAGCUACUGCCUCAACCUCCGCCAGAGCGUGCCAAUGACAACCCAUGGCCUCAGUGGCCCCGUAUCUACCGUAUUGAUUACGGCCACUCGGAGGUCAAGACCCACAUGGGUAAGGACCCUCGCGAGUACUGUGUGAUGUCCACGGAGUUUGUCGACGAUGGCAGUGGUCGCGUCCGGGGUAUCAACACCGUUCGUGUGGAGUGGACCAAGAGUGCCACUGGUGGCUGGGACAUGAAGACUGUGGAGGGUAGCGAUCAAUUCUUCCCCGCAGACCUCGUCCUUCUGUCUAUGGGUUUCUUGGGACCCGAAGACCGUCUUCUCGGCGACGAUAUCACUCGUGAUCAGCGCAAGAACGUCAAGACCCCUCCUGGUCACUACUCGACCAAUCUCCCCGGUGUCUACGCCGCUGGUGACUGUCGCCGUGGACAAUCUUUGAUCGUCUGGGGUAUCAACGAAGGUCGCCAGUGUGCACGUGAAGUUGACGCUUUCCUGAGUGGAGUUAGCUCUCACCUCCCUGCUACCGGUGGUAUUGUCCGUCGGCCUGCCAUUGACUCUGUCCCUCAGCCGGCGGUGACUCAGGUCCUUGCAUAA